AUGUCAAAUAACAAUGACAAGAAGAGAAAAAGAAACAAUCCAAUUUGCCCAUAUGGCAAUUAUCGAGGAUAUUACGGAUAUAGACUUAAUGGUAAAGAGGAUCCAAGGAUUAAUAUGAUGAAAAAAGAAUGGUUUUAUGGGUUGGAAGUUCUUGAUAUUGGUUGUAAUACGGGUGAAGUUACUUUGGAAAUUGGCAAAUAUUCACCUAAAUUAAUUGUUGGGGUUGAUAUUGAUAAAGAGUUGGUUGGAUGUGCAAUGGUAAAUAAACGUCUAACAUAUUCCCUUUCAAAACCAACAUCUAUGUCAACUUCAACACUAAAGAGUGAUGGUGAUGAUGAUGUCAUUGUACGUGAUUAUUUUCUCCAAUCCAUACCAGCAAUGUUUGGACUUUUGCCUGUUAAAAGUUUUGAUGAUAUAGAUUUCAAUAAUGAUCAAGUGAAAUUUCCAGAUAAUGUUCAGUUUCGAUGUUGUGAUUGGAUGGAGGAGCCUCAUUCAUACAAUAAAUAUGACACUAUUUUGGGAUUAAGUGUAUCGAAAUGGAUUCAUUUAAAUAGAGGAGAUAAAGGUCUCCAAGAAUUUUUUCAGAAAAUUUAUGACAAUUUAAGAAUUGGAGGGAGAUUUAUAUUUGAACCACAAGCAUGGAAAUCGUAUAGAAAAUACAAGGAUCUGUCCAAAACUAUAAAAAACAAUUAUGGUUUGAUUAAAUUCCGUCCGAAAGAAUUUCAUGAUUAUUUAAUGAAUGUGAUCAAAUUUAAAGAUUCUGAAGAAUUUACAAUUCCUCAAACCACUUCAUUUUCAACUAUAAAAGUUAGAGAUGCUGAAAUGUUUCUUGAAGAAUUUGAUUCUGGUAGAGAGGUUGCAUUCAUAAAACGGGAAAAUUAA